CGUUUCCUUUAGAGGAAGUGCAUCAUUAGAACAAACGAGUGUAAACAAACAAAUGCGGUUGGAAGAUGAUUUUGAAAUCAUGAACUCCGCUUCACGCUGAAGAAAAGCAGCGUGUGUAAAAUUUUGGAUAUUAAUUCAGUGAUUCAAAGAGGAUCUUUUGACGGUUCUGGGUUCGAACACUCUUAUUGUUUACAUGAGCAUGACGUUGCUGGAUGCAACGCAAAGGUCAAGCAGAUUCAGAACCUGUGCACCCUAAUUAUUAAUUAAUUGAGCCACAGGAAUGCAACGUGGAAUUAUGGAAUGUAGUCAUACAUCAUCGGCUGGAGCAACAAUUAACUGGAUCACCAGCACAGACGACUUGCGAGGUUUGACCGGUAUCGAGACGCCCAACGGGAUUUCGGUGGGCCAGCAGGCGCAGUUGGUCCUGAGCAGCCCCCUCACCACCGUCUUCCUGCCGGUCGUCUACAUCGCGGUGUUCUCGGUGGGCCUGCCCGCCAACGGCCUGGCCGUCUGGGUGUUCCUGUUCCGGACCAAGAAGAAGCACCCGUCGUCCAUCUACAUGGCCAACCUGGCCCUGGCCGACCUGCUCUUCGUCAUCUGGACGCCGCUGAAGAUCGCCUACCACCUGGCCGGCAACGACUGGAGGUACGGCGAGGCGCUGUGCAAGGUCCUGGUGGGCUUCUUCUACGGGAACAUGUACUGCUCCAUGGCCUUCAUCGCGUGCAUCAGCGUGCAGCGCUACUGGGCCGUGGUGCACCCGCUGGCGCAGCGCCGGGCCGAGAACACCGUCGCCUACGCGGUUUCGGCGGCCGUCUGGGCGACGGUGUGGCUCCUCACCGUGCCGCUCUACCUCUACGAUCAGCAGGUGCGCGUGGUCAACAUGGGAAUCCUCACGUGCCACGACGUCACCCGGCCCUCCCAGAAGAAGACGGCGGCGGGCUACUUCCUCACCAUGGGCACGGCCGGGUUCGCCGGGCCCGCCGCCGUGUGCGCCGUCUCCUACGCGCUGAUGCUGCGGGCGCUCCGCAGCAGCAUGGCGGCGGACCCCGGCGUGGCCAAGAAGCGGCGCAAGGCCGUGGUCCUGAUCGUCACCGUGCUGUUGAUGUUCGUGGUGUGUUUUGCGCCCAGCAACAUCAUGCUCCUGGUCCAUUACGGGCUGCUCCUGAACGACGCGGCCGACAACCUCUACGGGUUCUACGUCACCGCGCUGUGCCUGGCCAGCCUCAACAGCUGCGUCGACCCCUUCGUCUACUACUUCAUCUCGGACGAGUUCCGCCAGCACGUCAAGAACACCUUCCUCUGCCGGAGCCAGCGCACCGUGGAACGGAUGCGAGUGUCCUUCAGCGCGCUCAAGUUCUCCAAGAAGAGCAACACGUACACGUCCGACUCCGGCGGGAACACGGGCAGCUCGCAGUGCUAGCCGGCGCGCGGAUAACUUUGAGUUGUUACUGUUUUACGUAGGCCGAGCGGUUGGUUAGCAAAAUUGCCUCAGAGUUCUGAAGUUUGCGGUUUGAAACUUGAACGUGCGACUGUGGCGACCAGUCCGUAUCCCCUCUCUUGUGUCGCUCCCCAAACCAGGACGAGGUUUAAGGUCUGCUCUGGAUCAUCCAGUUUCCUUCCACAUGGCCAAGACGUGCAUGUUAGCUUCGCCGAAGACUACGUUAGGUGUUAAAUGUCGUCGUCUUGCCCGAAGUCAGCUCGUUCGAGCUGACCCAUGACCUCAAUCAUAGCAAGCGUCAUAAACAAAUGGGUGUUUUGUUUUAUUGUAUAUACUUGGAGCAAAGUUCUCUUCAGUUUUUAGUCUUUAGUCUUCUAAUGUGUCAAGUCUUCGCAGUUCUGUGCAUGAUAGACCCUUCAGGGCCACCGUAUUUCUCAUUGGCAUUCGAGUCGGGAGGUGUAAUAAAGCAUAUUAGCGUUUGUUUUUGUGUGAAUAUGAGACUGAGAAGCCUUCAUGACCGAGAGAGACUCAAACAGUUAGGGGAGGGUGAGCAAGAUGUAGAAAAUAUUAUUGUAUAGGUAAUUUUUUUUUUUUUUUUUAAAUGAUGACUACGUAAAGAAUUACAGCUGUCUUUAUCUUUUGAAAUGUUGCACUCUGAUAUAUGAAAUAAAUUGUGGAUUUAAAAACA